UUUACUGUAACACCGGACGUGACUGUCUUAUUUUACUCCUUUCUGUCAUUGUGACUAUCUCCGCAUUGUCUCGACAUAAAAAGAAAAUAGGAAUCAGCGAUCACGAAGAACAAAGAAAACAAGAAGGAUUUAUUAAAAAGGUGAUUUAUUAAAAAGGUUAUUUCUGAACAGACAGCAGAUCUUUGUGAUUCUCGUGGUGGUUCAUUUUUGAAAACAUAACCAGGAAGUGAAAGUAAAGGUUAGAUUGCUGUAACGUUAGCUCAAAUAGAGAAAAUGGAUCCACGGUCUGUAGAAGAACUUUCUUGCGAUUUACACAAUGAGAAACUCGAUUUCUUCUGUCUGGAAGACAAACAGCCUGUGUGUUUAGUGUGCAGAGAUUCACAACAACACGACAAUCACCCAUUCAGACCCAUCAGUGAAGUUGUUCCAUCAUACAAGAAGGAGCUCAGUACAGCACUGAAAUCCUCACGAAGGAAGCUUAAACACAGCGAAAACAUUAAAGAAAAGUGUGUGGAAACAGUUCAGCACAUCAAGUCUCAAGCUGAGCGCACAGAGCGGCAGAUUAAACAAGAGUUUAAGAAGCUUCAUCGGUUUCUCAGAGAUGAAGAAGAAGCUACAAUCACUGCACUGAGGGAGGAAGAGGAGCAGAAGAACCAAAUGAUGCAGGAGAAGCUGGAGGAGAUGAACAGACACAUCUCAGCUCUUUCACACGCAAUCAAAGACAUGGAGGAGAUGAUGACAGCCAAUGACAUCUGCUUUCUGAAGAAGUUUCCAGUCCCAAUGGAAAGUGUCCAGAGCUCACAGCCGGAUCCACAGAUGGCUUCUGGAGCUUUGAUUCAUGUGCCACAUUACUUGGGCAACCUACCGUUCAGAGUCUGGAAGAAGAUGCAGGACAUCGUCCAAGACACUCCUGUGAUUCUGGAUCCAAACACAGCUCACCCGUGUCUCAUCCUGUCUGAUGACCUGACCAGAGUGAAACAGGGUGGGAACAAACAACUGCUUCCUGAUAAUCCAGAGAGAUUUGACUAUUAUCCCUGUGUUCUGGGUUCAGAGGGAUUUAACUCAGGAACACACUGCUGGGAUGUGGAGGUUAAAAAGAGUUCACGUUGGAGACUUGGAAUAACUACAGCAUCAAAUCAAAGGAAGGGAGGUGAUUUCUUUAACACUGAUGUCUGGAGCGUGCAGUAUGGACUGAUCGAAGAGUCUGGUUUUCUUGUUAAACAGUAUCUUGAGCGUGUGAGAGUUGAUCUGGACUAUGACAGAGGAAUGGUGUCAUUCUCUGAUCCUGUAUCUAACACAUAUCUACACUCAUUCACAACCACCUUCACUGACACGGUCUCUCCAUUCUUUUAUAGUUUUUUCCCUCUGAGGAUCUUACCAUCAAAUAGUUAGUAAACGUUACACCUGGGUGUAGGUCUGGAUCGAUAUCACAUGAGUCAGAGUGCUGUUGAUCUGAAUAUCAGUACAGCUGUGAUUGGGCUGCAGGUGAUCACAUGACUGAUAUCCAGCACUACAGCAUCACUGAGAGUGUCAUAUUGCUUUUAUACAACAGAUCAAUAAACAAGGGGCCAGAUUUACUAACAGUUUGCGCCAGCGCAAACCUUCUUUUGGGGUUAAAAAAACUACUGUCCAGAUUUACUAAUGACACGCAGUGAAGAGCUGAAAAGGCAGCACAGUUAUUUUUGCAGCUGUCCUUAUUGCAUAUGCAUUUGUAGGAGCUUCCUUUUCAGACAAAAAAAAAAAAAAUUAUGGGAGGAGAGUAUUUAAAUGAAUCAUGCAAGGUGAUUUACUAAGGUUUGCGAUAGAUCACGUGCAGAACUUUCCACUCCCAUCUGUGUUUUUUUUUUUUUUUUUUUUUUUUUGGAAUUGCGCUUUUAUGCUAAUUUGCCCCGUUUAGUGAAUCUGGCCCAAGAAGUUAAUAUCAAGUAAUUUAUUCAGACACAAUAUGACCAACUAUUUUGUUUUUGUUCUAAAUGAAGCUGAGCAGGAUAAAACAGAACACCAAAACACGCGAGUCCUGCCUACAACAACUGAGAUAAAUGAAUUAACUACACCAAAACCCAUUUGCAUUAUGCCUAUACACCAACGACGUGCAGUCCAUAUACACUGCGAAUGUUCUGCAUACCCAAGCCAUUCAUGGACUCGCUAAUUAAUAUUCACUUGUUCGAGGUAUACCAUAAAGCUUACAUGAUAGAAUUUUGGUAAUAUGUAUGUAACUGUCCGUCAUUUGUUUAUUUGCCAAAUGGCGGUAAUUUUCUUAAAAUCUGCCAGUUACGGAGGCUUUUGGGUAAGCGGAUCCACAACAGCUUUGGCGACUACGCUCUGUGUUAUGUAUCGUCAUCACUGUUCCGUGUUCUCAUUGGUUUGCUGGCAAAUGGAGGAUUUCAUGCGCAGAGAAAGCUGUCCGCGAAUCGCUCACCCAAGCGGAAAAAUGCUGCUGCGGCCAGAUAUCGAUCACCGAAAAUCACAUUGUAUUUGAUGCAAAACUAACUAGUCUAAAUCAAAUGGGGAAAAAGUCAUAACUGAAACUAUUUUCGUAGUAUUUAAUUUUCUCCCUAAGGAAAUUAAUUUUUUACAAAAACAUAUAAACUGUUAAAGACAGUAAAAGACUGUAAACUUAAAGACUGUAAGUAGACUAUUGUAACUAUCUGAGGUUAUUAAUCGAUAGUCUAUGUGUUUGUUAAAGUCAUCAGUUUGCAUUAUUUCAACUUAUGUUUUAAAGAAUACUUAUGUUAUUUAUUAUAAUUUUAUAUAUUUUACUUAUAUUUUAGUUAUAAUACUUCCGGCAUACAUUUAAAUUGACACCUGCCAUGGUGUUUAUUAUUUGUCAUCUCUGAUUUAGAUAGUGUCCUAAGCCGAUGCCGUUUAAAGGUGAAGCAUUUAGUUUCUGUGACACUAGUGGCACAUAGCGGAAUUACAAAAAUACAGUAUAUUUUGCAAAAGCCCUUUUCACGCAUUGUGCCUCCCUCAACGCAAACAUCACAAACACAGUUCUUACAGGUGCUUGUGAAGGCAUGUCUCAACAGGUAAAUGGCUACUUUCAAUAAAAGGUCCAAUAUAUUAGGAAUACUUUUAGCUAUGUUGCUGUGUGUCAUGAGAGUAAGCAACUGAGUAGCUAACACUGUUUAGAGCUAACGCAAACAUCUCGCUCAAUAUAAAUCCAACCAACGUGUCUGCACCGGGCACAUUUUUUGACAUGACGCGCCACCCAGCAUACCUGGUUAAAGAAGUCACUGCUAUACACUAAAAGCUCUUCAAUUGCACCAAAAAAUAAAAAAAAUAGUAAAAGCAAUGCAUACUCUUUUUGUCAGAAUUGACUCUUUAAACCACUUUCUUAUACCUGUGGCGCUUUGCUUGAUAAUCGUUGUUGCAUAUCGCCGCCAAAAUUUGAUUUUGAGAUUGCGUGCAAUGCGCAGCUGUGUAAAGGAAUUGCGUAUGGCAUAAACACAGCUACUUCUAACACAAAAAUAUAAAUAAUGAAAUGUCUGCUGCUGGAGACUUGCCAUUGGCUGUUGUAUUUGAAUAAUUAAUGAGGCAGGUCUAUGCAAGAGGUGCUGUUUUGGAUGUUUUUAAUAGUCAUUUAUAAAAGUUCCAUUUUGUGUAAUGAAUGCAUUCAUGUGUUAAAUAUGAAUUUUCUGUUAAAAGAUAAUGUUAUUUAAAGUUAACUUUGUAAAUAUUAGUGUUCCUGUGAGCUUCGGUUAGGAAUGUUCGAUUCCAGGUUGAGUCGACUCGAUUCUAACUCCUACUGUAGGAGUAGAUGGAUUCGACUUCAUUUACUUUACAUCAAAACAGUCAGGAAUAAUACAAUAUUGUAGUCAUUAUUACACAAUUUUUUUUUUUUUUUUUUCUGUCACUGAGCCUUAAAUCCCCCUUAUGAAAACAGCACACUUUUAGUGUGACUCCAAAUUAGACCAAUUUAGCGACGACAUUGUUGUUGCGAUACCUAUUUUUACAGAGGUAAAAAUCAUGAGAAACAGCAGUGGUCGAAAUUAUAUCAGAAUUAAAUAAACAAGAAAGAAGGUGGGCCUGUUCUUUAACGAAUUCAUCUCAGUAUAAUGGUCAGGUGUUGGCGCUAAAUACCAUGAUCAUUGUCUUAAAAAACUGCUUGGACAGGAGAGUUAAAGAUAAUUACAAAUAAAUACAAUACACACAAAAACCAAUGCAAAAAUGUACACUGAUGUGUUUAUUCUUGAUGUGAGUUUUUAAUGAUUUUAUAAUUAGUUUAAUGAUUAUGAACACAAAAUAGAUUAAUCAUGGAAAACCAUAUUUAUAUGGCAUUAAUAUAACAUUUAAUUAAACUACAAAGCUGGCACGGAGGUAUGUACAGUAUAAUUCUAAACUAAAGUUACUAUGACUGUUAUUUAUUUCUAAAGUUAGCUACAUGUUUCUGUGCUGGAAUUCACCCCAACUCUAGUGCUAUUCAGAGUUGAGGAAUCGACUCUUUUCCAUCCAAAGUUGCGAAUUUAACUUACUGUGCAAAAUUUAAAAUAUUGCAUAAAACAUUUGUGAAUAAAGCACCGUUUCCAUCCAGUGAGUCGGAGAACAAAAUCGUCACUUUCUGAUAAACUGGCGCUAAAUACCACUACGAAAAGUAGGAGAAGCCACUGUAUAUAAUACUUUUCGUAUAUAAUAAAUUACUUGUGCCUCAGAGUGAGCAAACAGAACGCAAUAAACGCGGUCAUGUUAUCUUGCUUUCGGAGGCAGAUGCCUACUGUUUGGGAAAGCAGUAAUGUAAGACAGUUCUGGAAGGUAAAACAUAAUUUCACAUGCUGUGCAAAAAGAUUGGUCCGCUGGCUAGUCCAGUUAUGCCGUUCCAUCGCACAAAGUCGAUGAAUUUAUUCAGUGAAUGUGUUUCGAUCAUAGUUUAUGCGCAUGUUUUCUUAAAAAUGUGUCUGACUUAAUUAAGUGCAUAAGUUUUUAAUGUGCAUUUUUAGAAUUUAUGCACAUCUUGCCAUUUCCAUCCAGCAGGUUUUUAUGCGAUAUCCCAAAAUGCGCAUAAAAGUAGGUGAAUGGAAAACAUAGCUAUUGACCAAAGCUACAGAAAUGGUUUUAUUCUUUCAAUAGUAAGUUCAAUGAAUGACCAUACGAAUAGGUUGGCACUGCUGCCCAAUACCCUGCAGCGUUCACUUAUUUCUUUAUUUGUGAAUAAUACUGUAAUUGUAGUACAGAGUCAAGAAGAUGCUAUCUAAAGUAUAAAUCAAGUUUGAUUCAUUUUCAAGCAUAUUGAUUUAUUUUCAAAUGAUUUCUAAUUUAGUGAAUAUUAUAUAAAAUAUAAAUUUCAUUGCAUCAAUUGUUAUGGAAGUGUUUUUUUAAUAUCUAAAUUAAAUAGUGUGACAUCAUAUAUAUAUAUAUAUAUAUAUAUAUGGGCCUUAUGUUGGCCAUCGGCCACCCUGUGCUCUAAGAUAUAGGCAUUGGGCAUCAAAAAAACAAAAAAAAAGAUGAGUUUUUGUUUCUGAUGCAACAUGACACAUCGCGCACAUCCGGUGUAUAGUGGAUGUAAAUGUAUACUAAAUGUGUAAAUACAUGUGUAAAAUUUUAUUAUCCAACUUGUAAAUGGGAUUUAGUGACACCUAUAGUUAAGAGAAAAAUUAAAUGUGGUGGUGGGGUUCAUCUUAUCCCUUUACCAUGGUAGUCUCAAAUGGAGCACUAAUGGGUUUUCCAGUUGAAAGAAAUCUGUAUCUGCUUUUGUGUUUUGUUGUUUAGAAGCAAGUGUACAGUUAAAAAUAUUCUCUGAUUCUGUCAUUAACUUUAAAUUUGAGCCUUAAGUGUAUUCACAUAGUACUGAAGCACCAGAACUGUCUCUUUCUAUCCCGUGUGUAAUAAUGUCCAUUUUGAUCAGCUAAUAAUAUGGCUUUUUAUGUUGAGUAUAAUGUUGAGUAUAUUGCAGAAUUGUAAAUGGUUCUGUUUUAAAAUGAACUUUCUUUGCUAUUCCUGUUGUGUGAGAGAAUUUGCUGCUCAUAUAUAUAGGUAUUGUUUAUUUCUAGAGUGGAAUUUAAAGGUGCUGUAAUUUUUUGGACUGUACUAAAGCAUAAAAAUGCCAUAAUAUGUUUGCAGAGAUUUAGGAAACAUGCUAACAUUCAAAUACUUGUUUCUCUGAAAAAAACAAUGCUAUUCUGCUUUGAAAUGUG